GACGACACAUCACCGCCCCGCGUCACGUCCCCUCGGCAGCAGCCUGGUAGCUUCUAGCAAGUACCGGAGCUCCUCUUUUACUAGGAAGUCAUUUGCAUGUCGUUUGAUGAUAAGAAACAGCUGCAUACACUGGAUAAAGUUGGAAGAAUAGCGUGACUUUCUUAAGGAACACCAUGGAGGAACAAACUGCAGACAUAGAGGUGACAGUCAAAACAUUAGACUCCCAAAGCAGAACCUACACUGUUGGUGCUCAGUUGACUGUGAAAGAGUUCAAGGAGCAUAUUGCACCUUCUGUGGGCAUCCCUGUGGACAAACAGAGGCUGAUCUACCAGGGCAGAGUCUUACAGGAUGAAAGGACUCUGGCAGACUACAAUGUGGGUGGCAAGGUGAUACACCUUGUGGAGCGGGCGCCGCCUCCGCCAUCCCAGCCCGGCUCAGGGUCAGGAGGCACUUCAGCCGACAGCGGACCCUCCUCUUCCUCCCAGGGAACAUCACAAGUGCCUCCACACGAUCGCAACGCCAACAGCUACGUAAUGCUCGGCACCUUCAACCUCCCUGUUAACAUCAUGGACCCCCAGCAGAUACAAAUGUCAGUCCAGCAGAUGGUGUCUGGCAUGGGAGAGAAUGCCAGGAAUGCCAGAGUCACAACCAGCACUGGGAGCAAUGGGUCGGUGAACGUGCACAUUGAUAUGGACCAACCAGUGCAGAGCGAGCCGAGGCUGAGGCUGGUGCUGGCUGAGAACCUGCUGAGGGACAUCAAUGAUGUUAUCCACAGGAUGGAGGCACGGCCGAGCGACUCGUCCUCCCAAACAGAGGCAGCUUCUGCUUCUGCUCCCCCUCCUCCCUCGUCUUCGUCUACCACCUCCACACCUUCUCCCUCUGCCCAGCCCAUGGACACAUCCCCACCUCCAACUACUCCCCCACCUCCACCUACCUCUUCAGCACAAUCUGAGGGACCAACACCCCAACCUGGACCCAAUCAUCCCAGCCCAGCUGAGUUGGCGGAGAUGUUGUCUGAACUGCGGAGGGUGGAAGAGAGACUGCAGCCCUUCAUUCAGAGAGCUCACACCUUGCUGGAGACGGCCACCACUGCAGAAUACAACAAUAAUAGAGAGAGGGAGGAGGACCAGCGCACUCUCGUCCUGACGUGGGAGUGUCUCCGUCUCCUUGGCAACGCCCUCGUGGCCCUCAGUGACUUGCGAUUGAACCUCAUGAGCCCCGUGCCCCGCCACCUGCACGUGGUCCGGCCGUUUUCCCACUAUGCCAGCCCGGUUACUCUGCCUGGAGCUGUGCAUCACCACAUCCCAGUGCAAAUGAACUUGGGUGCCACGGUGACUGUUGCGGCUAACAGUACUGAGGGACAAGCUCCACCCACCCAGUCGUCCAGCCAGUCGGAGCAGGCAGGUCAGGGACAGACCUCCCCCCCACAGAGUACCCCGUCCAAUCAGCAGGCUGGACAGGGACACGCUGGCCCCCGGGUCAUUAGGAUCAGCCACCAGGCAGUCCCGGUGGUCAUGAUGCAGAUGAACACGGAUGGCCCGGGCGCAAACCCUGCUGCAGCUGGACAGCAAAUGCCUGGACAACCAGGUGCCCUCCCUCCUGACUUUAUGCGGAAUCUCAUGCAGCAGAUCAGCCAAUAUGCCGCCGCCGUAGCUACUAGCGCUGCCACUGCCACCGCCACCGGCCAACCAGUCCCGCCCCAGCCCACACCUCCUGGUUACAGCUCCACAGCCAACUCCUCAACUACCACUACCGGCCCUAACACACCCACCACCACCCCUACCGCUCCCCCGCCACCUCCCCAUGCCGGCCCCCAGCCCCAAGCCAGGGUCGUGUUCACCCGACCCCCCUUUGCACCCAACAUGGCCCCCCCAGCCUUUGGCACCCGGGGAACCACCAUCAAUCUGAGAGCUGCCAUGCCAGGCCAGCAGCCAGGACAGUUUGCACCACAGGCUUUCAACCCUGCUGCUCUCAACCAGAUGAUUAGUGGAUUGGUUGGACAGCUUUUGCUGCCAGGACAAAUGGCUGGUCCAACAGCCACAUCCUCCUCCUCCACAUCUACGUCCACAUCCACAUCCUCUUCUUCCUCCUUUUCCUCCUCCUCUCAAACCUCCUCAUCCUCCUCCUCUUCCUCCUCCUCCUUUUCUUUCUCCGGCUCGGGUCCAACACCUCCACCUACCGCAAACACUACAAGCCAACCUGAGACCAACGCCAGUGAGCCCCAGGCCCCCGAGAUGCCCCCAGACCUCAGCCAGCUUCUGGGUUCUCUCCUCGGGGUAGCUGGUGGUGUCGGUGCAGGGCCUGUAGGAGCCCCUUCAAUCACUGUCACCACCUCUGGUGUACCAGCGUUCAUCCAGGGUGUGAGUGAAUUCAUGCAGCAGGCCUCCCAACCCAUCUUCUCUCCACCCCCACCUCCCUCUGGUACCGCUCCUACUCACGCUGCUGGGCCCAACCCCAUGCCCACCCCACCAGGGGCAGCUGACGCCCUCAACCCUGAGCUGUUCACAGGCAUUGUCCGCGGCGUCCUAAGUACCAUGAUGGGCUCUCUGGGCCAGGCACAGAACGACACAGAGAGCAUUGCCCAGUUCAUGCAGAGGCUGUCUCAGGCAACCAACAUUUUCAUCAGUCCUGAGGAUCCUACUGGGUUCUUUGGAGAGCUGCUGAUGUUGGUCUGCCAGACGUUCACCAUGUCAGACUUGGUGAUGCUGCUUCACGGUCAGCACCAGCCCCUGGGCCGCAUCCAGCCUCAACUGUCCCAGUUCUUCACCCAGAACUACCUCAACGGAAGAGAGCCCACUGACGAAAACAUUGCUGCUGCAGCUGACAGUCUUGUCAAUGAACUGGAGGAGUAUAUCACUGAGAGCUUUAGAGAGUCUUCAGUCACGGUGUUGGAGGGCGUUGACAUCACUCAGACCAACAUGUCUUUCUUCAGGCAGCAGCUGCAACACAUUGCCACACACAUUCUGCGAUGCACUGAUGACUCAUUCGGGCCCCGGCUGCUACAGAUGUGUAACCAGGCGCUGUUUGAAUGUCUCGCCCUCAACCUGCACUGCUUGAGAGGAGACCAGAGAGCCCUCACUGCAGUCAUCAACCACAGAAUACGGAGGAUGUCCAGUGACAUCAGCCCCAGCCUGGUCAACUGGAUGACCAGCAUGAUGACGAUGAGGCUGCAAGUCAUUCUCGAGCACAUUCCCGUCACACAGGAUCAGAUCCAGAACUACAUAGUUCGCACGCAGGGAGAUCAGUCUUCUGCAACUGGCACACAAGAGCCUGAACGAGCACAAAGUGCAACGAUUGGGGACACCCUCUCGCCGGCUGCAGCCACAACAGCGGAGGAGGCCAUGUCGGUGUCACACGACACGAGGGCGUCGUCACGGGAAGCGAGGGUGUUGCCUGGGGAACUGGGAGCCUCGGGAGGAGCUGCACCAUUAGGUGGCGACAUGGCAGCAGCGGGAGCUGAGGGAGUGAGUGAGGAGUCCGCUCGAGAGUCAGAGGCCUGGGCUGCUGCCGUUCCCCCUGAGUGGGUGCCCAUCAUCAGGUGUGAUAUGAUCACCCAGAGGAAGAUGAAGGCUCAGCCUCCGUUGUCAGACGCGUAUUUGCACGGCAUGCCAGCAAAACGCAGAAAGACGGGGCUGGGCGGUGGAAGUCUCGUCUCCCUCUCCGAUGCAGUGAGUCAAGCAGCCAGGACGGCAGGAGUGAAGCCCAUCACCUCAGCUGAGCAGCUACAGGAUGACCUGGAGACCCAGGAGCUGAAGGAAGCUUACGCAGAACAGGUGAAAGCAGACAUUAAGAAACGAGUGAGGGAAGACGCGGAUUUCAACUCUCAGCAGUUCCCCAACGCACACAGAGCCUUCUCAUCAGACUCAUAAUCAAGUUAAACUAAUAAAAACCCUGCAAGACCCCUUUCCCCUCCACAUCUUUAUUAUUUCUCGGAUCUUCAUUCAACUACCACUCAACGCAGCUUCACCCUCAAACCUGUCUGUUCGCCUUUUUAAGCAGUUAGCAGCUCUCUUGACUAAUUGCCUAAUGCUAAUGUGACUCCUCUCCCAGUGCCUAUUUAUUUCUUUGUGUUUAUUUUGGUCCAACUUUUGCUGAGAGAAUGUUCCUUGUUAAAAAAGGUUUUAUCGCGUUUGAGUUUGACUGUCAGGUCACUUUAAUUCUGAUACACGUGUAUGUCUGUAUUUUUUUUUUGCCCCCUCCCCUGUGUUGCUUUGUUAAUAUGGAACCUGAAUUGUCAUUAUUUAGUGGACUUUUGCCUUCCCCUCAAUACUCUAGAGCGCAAGAGUAUACUUUCAUGUGAUGAACAUGCUGUUUGGUUCAUGAAUGUACAGUAAGCUUAAUAAAAUCUUGAUACAAUACGA